UAGUUUGUGUUUAGUAUAAGGUCUGGACAUGCAGAGAGAAUAAGAUAAAACUGAUAAAAUGUGCGAAGACGUAAUAUGAUUUCGAAAGAAGAGGAGAUUUUGCAAUGGCCAAGAAGCAAAAAAUGGUUAGAAACCCCCUCCCCCCUCUAAUUAAUCAUUCCAUAUUAAGUUAUCACAGGAGACAAACACCGAAGGUAAAUUACAGCAAUUCAAACGUCGGAAAUAAACGUAAAAAAGGGCUGAAGCUUCGAAAACAAACGCGUUGAUAACGAAAGAGGAACGGAGUAAUGCGAAAGAAGAAACAAGAACAAGAAGAAUGGGCGUUCUUAGAAAAAGAGAGCUGAGUGCGCCUGCGCGUGUGAGAGCCACCAACCCAAACUGUCGCAGGCAGUCGCUCGGUCGGUCGGACGGCGGGAGAAAGACUCCCUCGCAACUAGUUGCGUGUCAAACAUGGUGAGAGGUGGAUCGCGGCGCCUCGCUCUUCCCGCCGGUCGUCGUUUCGUGUCCCUAUAGCUUUCAUCCAGUGGCGAUUGUAAUGUCCUGAGUGUCAACGAUGGGGAGUGCAGAGAGCAAGUGUAUUGGUGAUAGGGGAGGGGAGCCCGCCGUGGGCAGGAAUAAUGGAGUUUAUAGCAGUGGAGGAAGUUGUGCAGGGGGCGGAGGAGGAGGAGGAGGGGCGCUCACAAAGGACAAACUACCCAUGCCGGACGCUACCGAGCUCGAGAGACGAUUUACUAAAGUUUUGGCGUCGAUGGACCUCCCUCCCGACAAGGCCAAACUCCUGAAGCAGUAUGACGACGUCAAGAAGUGGGACAUGAUCUGCGACCAGGAGCGAGUGAGCGCCAAGGACCCCCCCUCCCACUACCUCAACAAACUCAAGACCUACCUCGACCCCAAGGCUUCCAGGUCGAGUCGAAAACGAAAGAUGGUUGGAGAAUCAACUUCCACCCAAGUUCUUAGGGAUCUUGAAAUAUCCCUGAGAACAAACCACAUCGAAUGGGUUCGUGAAUUUUUAAAUGAAGAAAAUCAGGGCCUCGAUGUUUUGGUGGAUUACCUCACCUUUAGGCUUAUGAUGCUUAGACACGAGCAGAGGAUCCGAGAGAAUCUUGAAGAAGAGGAAGAAACGAGGAACUUGAAUGGCCAGUUAAAACCCUCGGUCGAAAUAGACUCCCCAAGGAUGAAGAGGGCGUCUCGCCACGUACAAAAGCUGAACAUGGGAGACUCAAAGGAUGACAUCCAUGUCUGCAUCAUGUGCAUGAGGGCUAUCAUGAAUAAUAAGUAUGGAUUCAAUCUCGUCUUCGAACAUCGGGAAGCCAUUAGCUGCAUUGCUCUGAGCCUCAAUCACAGAAGUUUAAGAACAAAAGCACUUGUCCUGGAGCUCCUAGCUGCCAUUUGUCUAGUGAAAGGGGGCCAUGAGAUCAUUCUUCAUGCCUUUGAUAGCUUUAAGGACGCAUGUUUCGAAACUCGACGCUUUCAGACCCUAAUGAAUUACUUUUCCAACUACGAAUGUUUUCACAUUGAAUUCAUGGUUGCAUGCAUGCAAUUUAUCAACAUUGUCGUGCACAGUGUUGAAGAUAUGAAUUUCCGUGUGCACUUGCAAUAUGAGUUUUCAAAGCUUGGCCUUGAUGACUAUCUUGAGAAACUUCGUCACCAUGAAAGUGAAGAAUUGCAGAUUCAGAUUUCUGCCUACCUUGACAAUGUGUUUGAUGUCGCAGCCCUCAUGGAAGACAGUGAAACAAAAACAGCAGCUUUAGAAAGAGUUGCUGAAUUAGAGGAUGAGUUAGCUCAUAUGGCGGAGAGAAUGUCCGAAAUGGAAGCGGAGAGUCUUGCCAAGUUGGUAGAACUCGAAGGAGAACUAGUGGAGGUCAGAGCACAAAAAGAAGAAUUGGAAAGUCUGCAUUGUCAGGUCCAAGAGGAAGUCUCAACAUUACGAAGGGAGGUUGACAAGAAGAGCGAGGAAUCCCGACAGAGACAGUCACUGCUGGAGAAGCAGAUAAUUGAACUGGAGACACUAGCAAGAACAAAACCAGGUGAGAAAGUUGACAUCAGUUUAGGUGGUGGUGGUGGAGUUGCUCCACCUCCACCACCCCCGCCACCACCAGGUAUGGCAGCCACUCCAGCCCCACCACCUCCUCCACCUCCUUGUGGAGGUGCACCGACCCCACCCAAGUUACCGUUCUCAUUAAUUGGUGGUCCUAGGCCCCCACCACCUGUCCCUGGGCUGAUACAGGUACAAGCACCAACACCCCCUGACUCUAUGACCAUCAAGAAAAAAGUCAAUACGAAAUACAAGCUGCCAACACUUAAUUGGGUUGCGCUUAAACCCAAUCAAGUGCGAGGUACAGUAUUUAAUGAACUGGACGACGAGAAACUCUACAACAUUAUUGACUUCCUCGACUUUGAAGAGUUCUUCAAAAUUGGCCAGGGUGGCCCAGGCAUGCCUAAUGGAGAUGUGUCAGAAGUUGAUGCUCUACAUGGCUUUGGUAGUAAGAGAUUCAAGAAGCCAGAGUUGACGUCUCUCAUGGAGCACACAAGACUGAGAAAUAUUGCCAUAUCAAGGAGAAAAAUGGAUCUGCCAUUCGAAGUUGUUAACAGAGCUGUCAAUUCAUUGGAUUUGAAAACGCUGAAUGUUGAUGGUGUCGAGCUGUUACAGCGAAUGGUUCCUAACGAAGCAGAGAUCAAGCUUUACCGAGAGUAUGAAAGGGACCGGAAACCUAUAAACCAGCUGACUGAAGAAGAUCAAUAUAUGUUGCAGCUUAGUAAAAUAGACAGACUAUCAACAAAACUUCAAGUUAUGAGUUAUAUUGCCAACUUCUUUGACAAUGUUCAUACAGUUACGCCUCAAGUCCAUGCCAUCAUCACUGCCAGUAGAUCUGUUAAAAACAGUCAGAAGCUGAAAAGACUACUAGAAGUUAUAUUAGCCUUCGGUAACUACAUGAAUAGCAGCAAACGUGGGCCAGCUUAUGGUUUCAAACUGUCAAGUUUAGACACGUUAUGUGAUACAAAAUCUGCUGAUAAGAAGAUUAGUCUGUUACAUUAUAUCCAAGAUACUAUUCGAACUAAGUUCCAGGAGUUGAGUAACUUUGAGUCAGAGCUGAGGUUUAUUGAAAAAGCUGCGCAAGUUUCCCUAGAGAACAUCAUGACAGACAUAACUGAGUUGGACAAAGGAAUGGAGAUGGCCAAGAAAGAACACGAGCGUUGUCGGGAUAUGAGAAGUCAAGAUGGCCAAGCUGCCUUGGCAGUCUUGAAAGAUUUCCUCACAAACUCAGAUGAUAAACUCAAAAAGCUGAAGGUUGAAUUGAAGACUGCUCAAACUGCAUUUGCUGAAGUGUUGGAAUACUAUGGUGAAAGCUCUCGUACCAUGGCGCCCAAUACUUUCUUUGCAAUAUUUGUCAGAUUCACCAAAACUUUUAAGAUGGUUGAACAGGAGAAUGAACAACGCCGCAGGCUAGAGGCAGCAACUCGAGCUGCAGCCUUAAAUCACCAGAAACAGCAGCAGGAAGAACAGCAACAAGUGGCAAGGAAUAACAAAAUCAAUGCCAGAAAGCAACAGGCAUAUGGAGGAGAGGAGGCCAUAAUGAGUGAGAUGAAAGCACGAGGAGUUGUUGCAGAUAAGCGCCUUCUUUCCCAAGAAGAUGUUUACCAUGGUGCAUUGGAAGACAUUCUCAUCGGUCUAAAGAACGAGCCUUAUCGCAGAGCGGAUGCAGUCAGAAGAAGUCAAAGGAAAAGAAAUGAAAAUGUUAGACUCUCACGCACUCUUGAUGACAUGGAAUUCUAAGAGAUUUUGCAUGUCCCGCACAAAAAAAAAAAAAUGGAAAAUAUAAAUGUUGACUAGUGAAACCAUGAAAACUUUUAUAGCAGCAUCAUUUGCAUGCUACUCAAAUGUAGAAUAACCGAUAAGUUAGUGAAAAAAUAAACACUAGAGGUUUUCUACUUUCUAAGGUUCAUAUACUUAUUGGUUUCUAAUUUAUUUGAAAUCAAGUAUAGUUUGCCUUGGCAUAAAGGAACAAAAACUUACAAUUUUGAAGCAGUUACUGUUAUGGGACAGAAUUUGCAUUCCAGUUUAUGUAUUGAAGAUAUCAAAACAUAUCUAGAAGUUUAUUAAAGUAGUAUAUAUUUGUAAUAGGAAAAUGAACCAUUUUUGUGAUGUACUCUAGUAGGUUUGUUUGUUAGACGAAGGAUAUAGAUAGAAAAGAUAUCUAAGCAAUUUUAGUUGUGCUUUUGUUUAUUUGGCUUGGAAUCAUGUCUUGUGAUGGUUUGCUACUCAUCCUAGCUGAGAUGGAAAGUACUGUGAGGUUGCAGUAGUGUGAUUCUGAUCACUAAUUUAUGGCUACAAAAGCUUUAAUCUCAGCCUUAUUUUAAAUAAUGUAUUGUUUACUGUGAGGUAAGUAAUCACAGCAUUUAAGCAGAUAGUUAUUUGCAGUGGUUUUUAUAACCUUUCACCAAAGAAAUCUGGACUGUCUUUUUUCCUUUGUUUUGUGAUUGUGAUGAUGCAAAACACCAAAAUCAACUCUUAAACUGAUUUCUGUCAGUAUUUGUCAGAGAACUCGUGCUACAGUAUCAGGCGAUGAUGGUAAUGUUCAUGGUUCUUCUGUAUAACAGUCACACUACUAAGAACAGUAAUUCCUAAUAAUUUUGCUUCUUUUCGUAUGGAAAAUUACCACUUCAGCCUUUUGUUCUUCAUUGGUUUAGGAAUGAACUUUGCCUCAAGUUUAUUUCAUGGGAAGUUUUCCUUGGAAUUUCUGUGCACAGGAUUUAUUUUAUUUUUUAAUGUUAACUUAUCUACAUAUUAUGCUGACAGGAAAAGUAAAUUAUGUUUGAGGGUUGCUUGUGAAUUUCAAGUUCACCAUGAUUAUUCAUGCAUAUACAAGUAAGGCACUGUAUAGUGUGUAGCAAUUGUUUGUGUUAAUUUUGCAUUGUAAUAGGAUGGAAUAUAGAGAACUCCUCUAAAGCUACAGCUUACGUUGUGGUUCGUAGUGGAAUUGAAUACAUGAAGAUAUUUUGUAUUGAAUAUCUAUGUAAUCUAAGGUAACCAUUUUAUAGAUCUGACUAUUGAAAAUUCAGUGGUGUCUUGUCUUGUAUUUAUUUGCUUGAGGGUAACUGCUUUUCAUGCUGAAUUUGCAAGAUAUCACUUUUAUGAGUAUAUGUAAUAUUCUGUAUAUAAUGUAAAGUCAGUUUUGCCAUGUCAAGAAAAUAGGGUUAUUAGAUUUAUAGGCAUUAUAGGCUGUAAAAAAAAAAAGAUAGAAUUGUUUUUCCUUUGCAAUAGUUUAUUGGUUAGAAAUACGUAUAAAACUGCUUCUCUGUGAAAAUUCCAUUUUGAUACUCUAUGAAGAAUUGGUUUAAAUGUUGUAGUUUUGGCAAUCCCAACUAUUCCUUAUAUUAUGUUGGGGAAGCUUUUCAUACACCUUGGUGUAUUUAAAAUUUUGAACACUAAUCCAGAACAUUUUGUAUUGUCAUAUUGUUGCCAAAGGUUGAAAUUGUGUAUUAUUAUAGAAUUUGAUGUGUUUUCAUAGCAUUCAAAGCAGAUCUUAUUCUUAAAAAAUGUGAUACAUAUAGAAGGCUUAUUGAUCAUAUUUUAUUGCUGUGAUUGACAUAGUACUUUGCAAGGAAACUUCAGUGGCAGCAUUUUUAUAUCAAAAUUAGUGUUAAAGCAGAAAUUGCAUUCCUAAAAAGUAUAAGGAAAGGGCAUUAUUGAUGGAAACCGUGCAGUAUACUUCAUUGAAUAGCUAUCACUGCCAAGUUUGUAGUGAUUUAGUUUUAAUGUAAUUACCAUCAAAGUCAGUCAAUAUCGUUAGUCUUUUUCCAAUCAUAUUAGUUUUUAUACUGCAUUCUGCUGCCCUGUUUGUGCAGCCACUCUGUGCCUUACAAAGUUCUUUUCUGUUUCCAUCUGAAUUGUGAUUAGAAUAUUUGAGCCUUUUUUUUUUUUUAAACUGCAUGGUAAUGACUGUGCUUUCCAUUCUCUUCGUUCGGUGUUUCCAGUAGCGAAAUUCGAUUCUUGCAGUUUUCUACCUUGUUAUAGUCUAGUCUUGAAAAGUUAGCUUAUAUUUGUUUUUCCUAUUUACAGGGUGGUACUGUAAGAAAAAGUUCUUCUGAAUUUCUUUUCAGUCCAUUCUGUCCUGUAGUAUUUAAAUUUUCUAUUCAGACUGUAUAUGAAAAAUUCUUUUAGUUAUUCACUGAUUGUUUCUCUGGAGGCCUUAAUAUUAGGAAUCUGUAUAUAAUGUAUAUAUUCUUGUAAAUUAGUGCCUGAAAAAUUGAGGAAUACUCCAUUGUAAAUAUGACCUGCAAACUAAAAUUAUCCAGUAUGAUGAGGUUAGGGCUUGUAGGAGAGUAACUGUUGAUGUUUGUCGCAAAUUAUUUUUGUUAAGAUGGAAUAGUGAAUUUGACUAAUUACUCGAUUGCCCUAUUUAAAUGUGUUACCUAUUAGUUGACAAGGCUUAUAAUUUCCAUUACAAUGGUGAUUGGCAUAUUUUUUGUAUAUUGAAUUUAAUACAUUAAACAGAUUUUUUA